AUGGAUGAAGACUAAACUUAAUAGGAAGAGGGAGAAAUUUAGAGCGUAAAAAUUAAAAAGGAUAAGCUGACUAAAUAGUCGAAGGGACAAGCAUUCAUUACAUUUAGAAAUCGAGACUCAGCAGAGUAAGCUAGAAAAAAAUUUAAUAACUAAGUAUUCAUUGAGAACAAAAUCAGAGUUAAACCUUACUUCAAUUUCCAUAAAGUCGACAAGAAGGCCAAUAUAUUUAUUCGUAAUCUUCCUGAAGAUGCAGAUUAUUUAGAAUUAGAAUAAGAAUUUUCAAGAUUUGGCAAAGUGUUAUCAGUUGAUGUCCAUAGAGAUUAAAGCGGAAAGUAAUUAAAUUAUGGUUAUCUUUAAUAUGAAACUAAAGAAGAUGCAGAAAAAUUAAUGAAGAGAAUUCUAAAUCAUCCCAUUACUCACAAAGGCAAAUUGAUGAAACUUGAAAAAUUUAAGGACUUAUCUGAAAGAAAAGCAAAUCAGCAUCUAUUUACUUAAGAGCAUUUGCAUCUAAAUAUUGUUGUUAGAUCAUUUGAAUAUGGGUGGCUUUUGGUGAUUAAGGAUUACUUAACAAGAGUUUAAGGUGAUUAAGUGAUGGACUGCUUUGUCAGAAUAGAUUCAGUUACCAAACAGCCAUGGGCAAUAGUAACAUUCGAAACUUACAAAGAAGCUAAGGCAAACUUAGAUAAAUGCGAAGCUUUAAGGAAACAUCCAUGCUUCAAUUCAAAUUCUCAAAAGGUAAUUGAAUUAAUAAAAAAAUAUGGACCUCCUGUCAACAGUGAUGGCAGCAUUUCAUUUACAAUUGAAUAAAUUACUCCAUUCUUUGAAGAGAUGAACAAAGACCCACAUGAUAUUUUCAAAGGUGAAAAUGAUAAUUUCUUUUUCAAUUUGGCUUAUAACAACCUCUUGAAAAUAGAUGAAAGACUAAUGGUCAUCCAAAACAUCAAGAAAGAUGUAACUAAGGAUUAAAUCUUAGAGUUUUUAUCAUAAUUUGGAAGAGUUAUUAGUUUAAAAAUCGGAAAAACUAAAAAUUCAAGAAUUUAAUUUUAAUAAUGCUUCGUCCAUUAUUAAACGAUGUAAGAUUUAAAAAGAGCUCGAUCUGAACUUUUUGAUGAUAAGAAUGAAAAAACUAUUAAGCAAAGAAAAGAAAUCUUUAAAGAUGGUCACCCUGUAGAAUCUACAAAAAAAAAACUCCAAAGUUGGUAAUCAAUUGUAUAAGGAUGA